AUGCCAUCAGAAUCCGGCAAAGUUGUUUGUGUCACCGGCGCCGGCGGUUUCAUUGCCUCUUGGCUCGUUAAACUCCUUCUAGAAAAAGGCUACACUGUCAGAGGAACCGUUAGAAACCCUGAUGAUUCCAAAAAUGGUCACCUGAAGGAACUUGAAGGUGCAAAGGAGAGACUGAUUCUGUUGAGAGCUGAUCUUCUAGACUAUCAGAGUUUGAGAGAAGCAAUUUAUGGCUGUGACGGAGUUUUCCACACCGCCUCCCCUGUCACUGAUGAUCCAGAACAAAUGGUGGAGCCAGCAGUUAUUGGGACCAAGAAUGUGAUAACAGCAGCAGCAGAAACCAAAGUUCGCAGAGUUGUGUUUACUUCUUCAAUUGGUACAGUAUACAUGGACCCCAACCGGGCCCCUGAUAAAGUUGUGGACGAGACUUGCUGGAGUGAUCUUGACUACUGCAAGAAUACUAAGAAUUGGUACUGCUAUGGGAAGACAGUGGCGGAAAAGACAGCGCGGGAUGAGGCAAGGGAAAAGGGAGUGGAUUUGGUUGUGAUUAAUCCAGUUUUGGUGCUUGGACCACUGCUUCAACCAACAGUGAAUGCCAGUGUUCUUCACAUACUAAAGUACCUAACUGGAUCUGCUAAAACAUAUGCCAAUUCAAUUCAGGCGUAUGUUCAUGUUAAGGAUGUGGCACUAGCCCACAUACUUCUCUACGAAGCUCCUUCUGCAUCUGGCCGCUAUAUCUGCGCGGAGCGCGUGCUUCAUCGCGGUGAUGUGGUUGAAAUUCUCGCCAAAUUCUUCCCGGAGUAUCCAAUCCCCACCAAGUGCUCGGAUGAAACGAGGCCAAGGGCAAAACCGUACAUAUUCACGAACCAAAAGCUAAAGGACUUGGGUUUGGAGUUUACGCCAGUGAAACAAUGCUUAUAUGAGACAGUGAAGAGUCUGCAGGAGAAGGGUCACCUUCCAGUUCCUACUCAAAAUGAUGAACCUAUUAAAAUUCACUCUUAA